UGAUGGGGGUGUGCGGCCUUUUUACCAUACAUCUGUCCCAGAUAUCUUUUCUCAAAUCGGGAGACUGAGUGGGAAGAAAAGAGAAGUAUGGUUUACAGAUCAAGAAUUUAAUCACAUUCAUACUUACAUCCUCCGGAACUGUGACGAUGUCAUACCAUUCGAGAAGAUCUUUGAUGAUCAAGUGUCUGGAGCGUAUCCAAACAUGACAGAGGCUCGAAAAGAGGAAAUGAAGCAGACACAAUAUGCUAAUUGGUUAAAAUAUUAUAUCAAAUCAGCCGCAAGUAGGCAGGAACACUAUCCAACAUGGUUUGAAGAGUUGGUUGGAGGUCCUCUAUCAAGGGCAAUGGCAUACCCGAUGUAUUGGACUCGAGGCUACGUUUUCAUAAAACGUCCAGGGAUUACUAACAGAAAAACAGUGAAUUAUGGGGUCGUUGUUCGUACAGAUUCGAUAGACUACUAUGGUGAAAUUACUGAUAUAUUAGAGGUUGAAUAUCCGGGAGUCAUAAAUUUGAAAUGUAUACUCUUCAAGUGUGACUGGUAUGAUCCUAGAGUUGGAAGAGGUGUUAGACUUACAAAGUAUGGUGUCACAGAGAUCAACUCGACUAAGCAGUUAAGAAAGUACGAUCCGUUUAUACUUGCAUCUCAGGCAGCACAGGUUUGCUACAUACCAUAUCCACAAGUAGGUGUUCGACAAUAUCCAUGGAUUACGGCUCAUCAAAUAAAUCCAAGAAGCAGAGUUGAUGGGGUGAAAGAAAAGGAACCGCUACAACAAAUUGCAGUAAACGAAAUUACGCAAGUAGAUCAAUCUGUCGGUGACAUUCCCCUCGUUGAUAUUGAGAACAUAUAAGUCGAACAGA